AUGCUCCACCAGAGGCUCCACCAGAGGCUCCACCAGAGGCUCCACCAGAGGCUCCACCAGAGGCUCCACCAGAGGCUCUACCAGAGGCUCCACCAGAGGCUCUACCAGAGGCUCCACCAGAGGCUUUACCAGAGGCUCUACCAGAGGCCCCACCAGAGGCUCCCCCAGAGACUCCACCAGAGGCUCCACCAGAGGCUCCACCAGAGGCUUUACCAGAGGCUCUACCAGAGGCUCCACCAUGCUCCAGCAGAGGCUCCACCAGAGGCUCCACCAGAGGCUCUACCAGAGGCUCCACCAGAGGCUCUACCAGAGGCUCCACCAGAGGCUCUACCAGAGGCUCUACCAGAGGCUCCACCAGAGGCUUUACCAGAGGCUCUACCAGAGGCCCCACCAGAGGCUUUACCAGAGGCUCCACCAGAGGCUCCACCAGAGGCUCCACCAGAGGCUCCACCAGAGGCUCCACCAGAGGCUCCACUAGAGGCUCCACCAUGCUCCACCAGAGGCUUUACCAGAGGCUCUACCAGAGGCUCCACCAGAGGCUCCACCAUGCUCCACCAGAGGCUCCACCAUGCUCCACCAGAGGCUUUACCAGAGGCUUUACCAGAGGCUCUACCAGAGGCUCCACCAUGCUCCACCAGAGGCUCCACCAGAGGCUCCACCAGAGGCUUUACCAGAGGCUCUACCAGAGGCUCCACCAUGCUCCACCAGAGGCUUUACCAGAGGCUCUACCAGAGGCUCCACCAGAGGCUCUACCAGAGGCUCCACCAGAGGCUCCACCAGAGGCUCUACCAGAGGCUCUACCAGAGGGGGGAUCAGACUCCCUACGCCAGGCAAUAUUACAGACUACCAGAGGGGACACUGGAGCUGGCCAAAAUCAGCAAAGUGUUGAUGGCCAUGGAGCAGGGAAGAGUGACGGAAUUCGAAGGAAAGAGCCUCGACCAGAUACAAAUUGAGCCUGAAGGGAGAGCAGUAGAGAUCCUCUCUCAAACGGACGGGCUAAAAGAAACUUCAAGCGGAGAACCUUCAACCAUUCAUCCAGAUGCACCCCAUGGUAGUGGCAGUGCCCCUUCUGAACGUUAG